UAUUGCAAAAUUACAUCAAAAUAAUAUUAUAUCAAUGAUCAAAAUAGUGUUUUGAUUUCAAUACAAAUUUGUCUCAUAUUAAUUAUUUACUACAACAAUAACUAAUUUGUAAAACAGUGGAAUAAUAUUGUAUAUUAAAUAAUAAACUUAAAUUGAAUGUCAUAUCGAGGCUCGUGGGAACAAAACAAAUAUUAGAACCAAUGAGACAGUAUUGCGCAAAAACAUGAGUGACUCAAAAUCUUUUGUGAACUUCUCCUGCCAACGAUGUCUGCAGCCUCUGAAGCUGGAUGACUCAUUGAACCACCUGGGCGAGCAUACCAUAGCUGAUUUAGCGCUACAGAUACGACGUAACAACGAAACUGAUCUCGAUCUGCAAUCAUCUAGCUUGGAGCACUAUGUUCCGCCUUUUCGCAUGUCCGACUCUGGUAACGGAGCCAAUGGAUUCAUGGUCAUAUCUGAUGGAUGGGAAACUGCCUCUUUGGGACACCAGUUACAUGUAAAAGCGACACUAUUUGACCUACUCUCUAAUAACUCCGAUGUAGACCACCCCCUGUGUGAUGAGUGCACAGAUACUCUUCUAGACUUGAUGGAUAACCAGCUGAAGUUGACAGAAGCCGAGUGGAAAGACUACAACGACUAUUUAAAGAAGUUAGAAGAUGACAAAGAAGAUUUGAACUUGGAGGGCCUAGAAAAAGAGUUGGAAGAUUGGAAAGAAGAACAGAACAGGCUGCUGCAAGAGUUAUCUGCGUUACAAAAAGAGGAGAAGGCUAUGAAAGAGGAGAUAGAGGUGCAGGAGAGAGAGAAAGAGAGAUUAGAGUUAGAACAGGAUAUUUAUUGGAGAGAAUAUACGAGGCAUCGGAAAGAUUUGAUGACGACUGAAGAUCAGAUGAAGUUUUAUGAAUGUCAGCUCUCCUAUACACAAGCACAGCUAGAAAAGCUAAAGAAAACUAAUAUUUUCAAGCUCACUUUUCACAUAUCCGAUUCUGGACAAUUUGGAAUCAUAAAUAAUUUCCGGCUUGGUCGCUUGCCUACCGCUCCAGUCGAUUGGUCUGAAAUCAAUGCCGCUUGGGGCCAAACUGUACUCCUCCUAUCGUCCUUAGCUAGAAAAAUAAACUUCUGUUUCCAAAGAUACCGACUCGUACCAUACGGUAAUCAUUCCUACAUUGAGGUAUUGGAGGAUCAGAAAGCUUUACCGUUGUAUGGAUCGGGUGGAUUCCGAUUUCUAUGGGACACUAAGUUUGACGGAGCCAUGGUCGCUUUUCUGGACUGCUUACAGCAGUUCAAAGAACAAGUUGAAAAAGGUAAUAAUGGAUUCUGUUUACCGUAUAGAAUAGACAAGGGAAAGAUAGAAGAUACUGCCUCACCACCCAACGCUUAUUCAAUUAAAAUACAGUUUAAUUCCGAAGAACACUGGACAAAGGCACUAAAAUAUAUGCUAACGAAUUUAAAAUGGGCGCUUACUUGGAUUUCAUCUCAAUUAAGUGAGGAUAAUGUUGAGGGAUAAAAUAAUUGCUUCUUUAUUUUUAAUGUUACAUAAUAAUUAAAAAGUUAGUCUUAUUUUUUAUGCUUUGUUUUGUGGCGAUUUUAGAAUUUAAAAGAAGUAAAUAUUGAAUA